UGGCGCUUAAAGUUCAGUUUGUCUCUCUUGAGCUUGGAGAAAAGCAUCCGUAGUGCCUCUCCGGGGGACACGUAGAGGAGAGAAAAGCGACCAAGAUAAAAGUGGACAGAAGAAUAAGCGAGACUUUUUAUCCAUGAAACAGUCUCCUGCCCUCGCUCCGGAAGAGCGCUGCCGCAGAGCCGGGUCCCCAAAGCCGGUCUUGAGAGCUGAUGACAAUAACAUGGGCAAUGGCUGCUCUCAGAAGCUGGCGACUGCUAACCUCCUCCGGUUCCUAUUGCUGGUCCUGAUUCCAUGUAUCUGUGCUCUUGUUCUCUUGCUGGUGAUCCUGCUUUCCUAUGUUGGAACAUUACAAAAGGUCUAUUUUAAAUCAAAUGGGAGUGAACCUUUGGUCACUGAUGGUGAAAUCCAAGGGUCCGAUGUUAUUCUUACAAAUACAGUUUAUAACCAGAGCACUGUGGUGUCUACUGAACAUCCCGACCACCACGUUCCAGCCUGGACUACGGAUGCUUCUCUCCCAGGGGACCAAAGUCACAGGAAUACAAGUGCCUGCAUGAACAUCACCCACAGCCAGUGUCAGAUGCUGCCCUACCAUACCACGCUGACACCUCUCCUCUCAGUUGUCAGAAACAUGGAAAUGGAGAAGUUCCUCAAGUUUUUCACAUAUCUCCAUCGCCUCAAUUGCUAUCAACAUAUCAUGCUGUUUGGCUGUAGCCUCGCCUUCCCUGAGUGCAUCAUUGAUGGCGAUGACAGUCAUGGACUCCUGCCCUGUAGGUCCUUCUGUGAGGCUGCAAAAGAAGGCUGUGAAUCAGUCCUGGGGAUGGUGAAUUACUCCUGGCCGGAUUUCCUCAGAUGCUCCCAGUUUAGAAACCAAACUGAAAGCAGCAACGUCAGCAGAAUUUGCUUCUCACCUCAGCAGGAAAAUGGAAAGCAAUUGCUCUGUGGAGGGGGUGAGAGCUUUCUUUGUGCCAGUGGAAUCUGCGUCCCCAGGAAACUGCAAUGUAAUGGCUACAACGACUGUGACGACUGGAGUGACGAGGCUCAUUGCAACUGCAGUGAGAAUCUGUUUCACUGUCACACAGGCAAGUGCCUUAAUUACAGCCUUGUGUGUGAUGGAUAUGAUGACUGUGGGGAUUUGAGUGAUGAGCAAAACUGUGAUUGCAAUCCCACAACAGAGCAUCGCUGCGGGGACGGGCGCUGCAUCACCAUGGAGUGGGUGUGUGACGGUGACCAUGACUGUGUGGAUAAGUCCGACGAGGUCAACUGCUCCUGUCACAGCCAGGGUCUGGUGGAAUGCAGAAAUGGACAAUGUAUCCCCAGCACGUUUCAAUGUGAUGGCGACGAGGACUGCAAGGAUGGGAGUGAUGAGGAGAACUGCAGUGUCAUUCAGACUCCAUGUCAAGAAGGAGACCAAAGAUGCGUCUACAAUCCCUGCCUUGAUUCAUGUGGUGGUAGCUCUCUCUGUGACCCGAACAACAGUCUGAAUAACUGUAGUCAAUGUGAACCAAUUACAUUGGAACUCUGCAUGAAUUUGCCCUACAACAGUACAAGUUAUCCAAAUUACUUUGGCCACAGGACUCAAAAGGAAGCAUCCAUCAGCUGGGAGUCUUCUCUUUUCCCUGCACUUGUUCAAACCAACUGUUAUAAAUACCUCAUGUUCUUUGCUUGCACCAUUUUGGUACCAAAAUGUGAUGUGAAUACAGGCCAGCGUAUCCCCCCUUGCAGAGCAUUGUGUGAACACUCCAAAGAACGCUGUGAGUCUGUUCUUGGGAUUGUGGGCCUACAGUGGCCUGAAGACACAGAUUGCAGUCAAUUUCCAGAGGAAAAUUCAGACAAUCAAACCUGCCUGAUGCCUGAUGAAUAUGUGGAAGAAUGCUCACCUAGUCAUUUCAAGUGCCACUCAGGACGGUGUGUUCUGGCUUCCAGAAGAUGUGACGGCCAGGCCGACUGUGACGAUGACAGUGAUGAGGAAAACUGUGGUUGUAAAGAGAGAGAUCUUUGGGAAUGUCCAUCCAAUAAACAAUGUUUGAAGCACACAGUGAUCUGCGAUGGGUUCCCAGACUGCCCUGAUUACAUGGACGAGAAAAACUGCUCAUUUUGCCAAGAUGAUGAGCUGGAAUGUGCAAACCACGCGUGUGUGUCACGUGACCUGUGGUGUGAUGGCGAAGCCGACUGCUCAGACAGUUCAGAUGAAUGGGACUGUGUGACCCUCUCUAUAAAUGUGAACUCCUCUUCCUUUCUGAUGGUUCACAGAGCUGCCACAGAACACCAUGUGUGUGCAGAUGGCUGGCAGGAGAUGUUGAGUCAGCUGGCCUGCAAGCAGAUGGGUUUAGGAGAACCAUCUGUGACCAAAUUGAUACAGGAACAGGAGAAAGAGCCACGGUGGCUGACAUUACACUCCAACUGGGAGAGCCUCAAUGGGACCACUUUACAUGAACUUCUAGUAAAUGGGCAGUCUUGUCAGAGCAGAAGUAAAAUUUCUCUUCUGUGUACUAAACAAGACUGUGGGCGCCGCCCUGCUGCCCGAAUGAACAAAAGGAUCCUUGGGGGUCGGACGAGUCGCCCUGGAAGGUGGCCAUGGCAGUGUUCUCUGCAGAGUGAACCCAGUGGACAUAUCUGUGGCUGUGUCCUCAUUGCCAAGAAGUGGGUUCUGACAGUUGCCCACUGCUUCGAGGGGAGAGAGAAUGCUGCAGUUUGGAAAGUGGUGCUUGGCAUCAACAAUCUAGACCAUCCAUCAGUGUUCAUGCAGACACGCUUUGUGAAGACCAUCAUCCUGCAUCCCCGCUACAGUCGAGCAGUGGUGGACUAUGACAUCAGCAUCGUUGAGCUGAGUGAAGACAUCAAUGAGACUGGCUACGUCCGGCCUGUCUGCUUGCCCAGCCCGGAGCAGUGGCUAGAGCCCGACACGUACUGCUAUAUCACAGGCUGGGGCCACAUGGGCAAUAAAAUGCCAUUUAAGCUGCAAGAGGGAGAGGUCCGCAUUAUUUCUCUGGAACAUUGUCAGUCCUACUUUGACAUGAAGACCAUCACCACUCGGAUGAUAUGUGCUGGCUAUGAGUCUGGCACAGUUGAUUCAUGCAUGGGCGACAGCGGUGGGCCUCUUGUUUGUGAGAAGCCUGGAGGACACUGGACAUUAUUUGGAUUAACUUCAUGGGGCUCCGUCUGCUUUUCCAAAGUCCUGGGGCCUGGCAUUUAUAGUAAUGUGUCAUAUUUCGUCGAAUGGAUUAAAAGACAGAUUUACAUCCAGACCUUUCUCCUAAACUAAUUAUAAGGAUGAUCAGAGACUUCUGCCAGCUACACUAAAAGAAAAUGGCCUUCUUGACUGUGAAGAGCUUCCUGCAGAGAGCUGUACAGAAGCACUUUUCAUGGACAGAAAUGCUCAAUCAUGCACUGCAAAUUUGCAUGUUUGUUUUGGACUAAUUUUUUUCAACUUAUUUUUUCACCUUCAUUUUUCUCUUAUUUCAAGUUCAAUGAAAGACUUUACAAAAG